GAGUCAAUUUCCCAUUUCCAGCCUGACGUCAGAGCGGCUACAAUGCUUAAACUCAUCUGCUGUGUGAUCCCACUAAAAAAUCGCCCCACCAGACAGCGGCUUAGAACGUGCAAGUGAGCUUUUACUCCCUGACUUUCGGUGUGUUUCCCUCUCCGCGUGCGCAAUGUAUUCAUGAAGACACCGUAAAGUGUUAAAUGUUUGAAAUCCAAAACCGCCGAAUUUCACAUGCUGAAAAAGGACUCCGCUACUCGUACGCGCGGCACUGGUGUGUCAGUGCAAUAGACUCUGCAAAGAAACUCUACUCUCACACGCCUGCAAGUCCGUGGCUGCAAAAAGGACGCCGAAAACCUAAUUUUUUUUCAGUUUCAAGACAAACGCGUAAAAAUCAAACUGGCUCACGUUCUUCCCAACCAACCCAGUUUGACAGCUGCUCUUCACCCCGUUUGGAGGACUGUCAGCAGCAAGAGGAUGGCAUCAGAGCUGGCAAUGAGCAACUCCGACCUGCCCACCAGUCCCCUGGCCAUGGAAUAUGUUAAUGACUUCGAUCUGAUGAAGUUUGAAGUGAAAAAGGAGCCGGUGGAGCCCGAUCGCAACAUCAGCCAGUGCAGUCGCCUUAUCGCCGGGGGAUCCUUGUCUUCCACCCCGAUGAGCACGCCUUGCAGCUCGGUGCCCCCUUCCCCAAGCUUCUCGGCGCCCAGUCCGGGCUCGGGGAGUGAGCAGAAGACACACAUUGAGGAUUUCUACUGGAUGUCCGGUUAUCAACAGCAGCUGAAUCCAGAGGCGCUGGGCUUCAGCCCCGAAGACGCGGUCGAGGCGCUGAUCAACAGCAGUCACCAGCUCCAGUCUUUCGAUGGCUAUGCCAGGGGCCAGCAGUUUGCUGGCGCAGCCGGAGCAGGAAGCACCAUGGCCGGGGAAGAGAUGGGUUCCGCCGCGGCGGUGGUGUCGGCAGUAAUUGCUGCGGCAGCCGCUCAGAACGGAGCGCAACACCACCACCACCACCAUCACCACCACAGCAGCAGCCACCAUCAGGCACCGGGCGUCCAGUCCAACGGCACUUCUGGGACAAAUCACCCACACAUGCGCUUGGAGGAGCGGUUCACAGACGAGCAGCUGGUGACCAUGUCAGUGCGGGAGCUCAACCGGCAGCUACGGGGGGUCAGCAAAGAAGAGGUGAUCAGAUUGAAACAGAAGAGGAGGACCCUAAAGAACAGAGGCUACGCUCAGUCCUGCCGGUUCAAGCGAGUUCAGCAGCGGCACGUCCUGGAGGGAGAGAAGACACAACUCAUGCAGCAGGUCGAGCACCUAAAGCAAGAGAUCUCCAGGCUGGUCCGGGAGAGGGACGCGUACAAAGAAAAGUAUGAGAAGCUCAUCAGCAACGGCUUCAGAGAAAAUGGAUCCAGCAGUGACAACAACCCUUCAUCUCCGGAGUUUUUCAUGUCAUCAAGAAAAUUUCUCCAUCUGUGAUUUCAAGCACCAUCCCUCCGUGCCCUUGAGGAUUCUUGAGAUAACCUAAUGACUGAGCAGUGAUGACAUCAAAGCGACUGACCAAUUGCACCGAGACACCUACAAAGCACAACAUUCAAAAUUAUUUCCCGAAGAACAACAAACAAGACCCGCUGGAAUUCUUCAAAAUCUCUACAGCGAUUCUUGAAAAGCCUCUUACUACUCCUGUUUCCUUUCCCAAUAUUUUACCUCCAGCUUUUUUCUACAAAACCACAAAAAUAAAAAACAAAUAAAAUAAAAUAAAACAAAAAUAAAAAUCACAGAGACUCAUAAUCAGGAGAUGGUUGAUUCUCUUCGAUGGGAAGAUCACUGAUGCAUGCUUCUGUAAAUAGAUCACAAUAAAACCCUAUUCUUAUUCCUAAUAUAGGAAACGUACCGAGUUGCUCUCACCAAAUUCAUAA